AUGGUUGUCUUUCUUGUCGGGAAACUUUUGAUUCAGUGGCUUCUGGCAUCAUUGUCAUGUGUACCAUUAUCAGAGAAAGGAAAGGGUGACUACUACUAUGGUUUCAGCUGGCUACUACAAUCAUAUGGCAUGUUCUGUCCCUCGGACUUCGAAUCAAUCGGAACGCUCCUGAGCCCUGAUGCAAUGGCGAUUUUGUUCUCUCUCAGACUAGUAUUUGUAUGCCUUGGAGUUCAUCUCGGAGAAUCAAUGUGCUUUGUCGCUUUAACAGGUGGUAUUGCAUGUGGCAAAAGUAGUGUCAGUGGAAUUUUGGUCGGGUCUCAAUCCAGUGACAACUAUCAAGAUGGAACGGUUGGUUUAAUUUGUGCAGAUACGAUAGCUCACCAGAUUCUUCUUCCUCCAUCCGUAUUGGAAUCAUAUUCUGUUGAGGGGAGCAAUCCAACUACAGUGAUCGCUUGCGUAGUCAAGCCAAAGGAAUCUGUUUUCUUUGAGCUAGUCGCUGCUUUUGAAGGACAUGAUAUUCUUUCACCAAAUGGAACAAUUGAUAGAACCAAGAUGGGCUCAAUCGUUUUUCGUGAUGGAGAAAAGAGACGUGGAUUGAAUAGGAUUACCCACCCGAAAAUAUUCAGCAUCCUGAUGUCGAGGCUUGUUCACCAGGCACUCUUUUCGAAUAAUGAUUUAGUUGUGGCGGAUGUUCCUCUUCUGUUCGAAAGUGGAAAACUAUCGUGGUUAUUUGCGAUUACAAUCUGUGUUGUUACAGAUCCUGUGACUCAGUUUCACCGGCUACAACUUCGCAAUCCAGAGCUUUCACCAAAGGAAUGUGAAGAUAGAAUCAACUCCCAGCUGAACUUGGACUUGAAAAUGAAGUUGUCUGAUAUUGUUAUUGAUAACUCGGGUAGCUUAGAUGAGCUGAAGGAUAAGGUAGAAGAUGUUCGACGCGACAUUAUGCGACGCUUGUUUGGCAUUGGACUUUCGCUUUUGCAGGUGCUCUUGCUCAUCGGAGGAUCCACCAGCAUUGCUAUCUCCUCAAAGUUUUUUUCGCAAACAUAG